AUGGAAGAUGUUGAAAGACCAUCCUCUGUUCCCUUGUCUGCUUCGCCAUCGGAAGAAAGUUAUUCUGAGAUGAGUACAUCUUCAGCGGCAGGACAAGCACCGAAUUUUGUGCUGAAAAUGCCACCUCAAAUUUAUACGAAGGUUAACGAGAACAUCCAGAUGAAGUGCGUGUUCUCAGGUCAGCCAUUACCAGCUGUCACUUGGGAAAAGGACGGGAAUCUUGUCGAUCUGAACAGGUACAUUAUUGUUUUGCUUGAGAGAAUCUCAGUUCUGAGGAUGUGCUGGUACACUAUUACCAACACAUCCUCAGAACUGAGACAAAUGAUUGCGAAUUAGCA